AUGAAAACAAGAAGCUCCACAAUAAGCUGAAAAAGAGAGUUUGCAAUUAAAUCAUUUAUAUUCUGAAAUGGAUCAAACUUAUGUGCAAAGGACAGUAUGAACAUGAAAGAGAUUUUCAUCAUUUUGCUGAAUCUGUCUUUGGUCUUCAGUGACCAAGCCAUUAAUGGUAGUGUCCCAAUGAAGAGCUUGAGCUGCUACAAUGACUACAGCUCACAGGUGACGUGCAAAUGGAAAGAGCAUAUAAAGGCUCAUGCCCUCCUUGGUAUGACACUUUACCAAAGGGAUAGUGUUCAGAACGAGAGCAAGGAGAUGCUUUGCAAACGUGAGACAGAAAGUGCCUUACCUGAGACUUCAGACUCCUACAUCCUCUGGGUUUGUCGGAAAACUGUAGGAUAUUUUGGAAUAGGGAUAAAGGAUAUUUACAGCUUCAAACCUAACAAGACUCUUGAAACACAACUAAAUGUUCAUCUUUUCCAAAAUGUUCAGCCCCUCCCGCCGCAAAACCUCUCAGUCAGAGAGAGUUCAGGAGACUUCUUGCUGACCUGGACAGCAGCUGAAGGAAGCCAAGGGCUGGGCAAUGCACUGGAGUAUGAAGUCACUUACAAGCGGGAGUGGGAGUCCUGGGAGAAGGCUGUAUCGCGCUUGCUCUCCAACACCACACGUUGCCACCUCAGCCACCUCGUGCCAGGGAGCCGAUACGUUGCCCGUGUGCGAGCCAGAGCGGAGCAGGCCAGAGGCUUCUCUGGGCCGUUCAGCGAGUGGAGCACGGAUGUGUCCUGGGAGACCCCCGAAGGUAGCGAACACAUUCAGCCCAGGAACCUUCGCUGCCUCUUCAAUGGUGCAAAUCUUCUGACGUGCAGCUGGGAAGUGAAGAAGCUGAUCACCACCUCUGUCAUCUUUGGCUUGUUCUUCAGGGCCACUCCAGCAUCCGCGGAAGAGGAGUGCUCUCCCGUGUACGAGAAGGCCUUGCCCCACAUCCCCUAUGUGGUGCAGAGCUGUGCGAUCCCUGUUAGCAACAUCAGCAGUCAGAGCCGGUACCACGUGUCUGUCCGGACCAAGACGGAGGAGAAACUGAUUGAAGCCUACAAGAACAUUAAGGUCCUACCACCUGCAAAUGUGUCUGUGAAAGCGACAGAGAACCAGGAGUAUGAACUAAGGUGGAUAAAACACACUUUUCAGUACGACUUCAUAAAACAGAAAUACCAAGUCCAGUACUGGAAACACAACCAGUAUGAUGAGGCCCCGCAGAUAUUAAAUAUCAGCAAUGAUGAACCUCCCUUCAUCUUCACCCUGCAGAUGCUGUCACCGUCUACAAAAUAUAGGGGAAAAAUGCGUGCAAGGGUGAAUAGUCUAGACUACCAGAGCAGUUGGAGUGAAUGGAGUGAGGAGUUCAGCUGGGAAACUGAGAAUGUUCUGUCACCAGUGCUUCUACCAGUGAUGCUGCCAGUUCUCAUCAUCACUUUGCUAAUAAUUGCUUCUUACAGCUAUAAGUAUUUCCUCAGGCAGAAGAAACUGUGGGAGGAAAAGAUUCCGAACCCCAGCAAGAGUCUGCUGAUCCAGAGCUACUUGGAGAAAGUGCAUCUAGGAAACUGGCUGACAAACAGCCAGCUGGACUUCAAAUACAACCUUCCAGAGAAGAUGGAUCAGCCUAGCUUUCUUCAAGUUGUGGACAGGCAGAUGAAGACUUCGGCAGAGUCCCCUGAAGGGCAGGCUGGAAAGACAGAAGUUUCUCCUACUGCACUGGACCUACAGAAUCCAUACCAUGCUUUAAAUGUGACAGAGCGUGCCCCAGUUGUCUGCCUAAGUCGGACUGCUGGUCGUUCCUUUUCUGUUUCAAGGAGAAACAGUGCUGAUGCAAGUACUGCUUCCCAGACAGCAAUCACUUCCUUUGCUUUCAAUGGUCCAUACUUGUACAGCCCAGUGACGUCCUCCCAGCCUGAGAUGCAUCAGCCCCUGGAUGUGACCCCGAAUCCAGUGGGAAACCAAGAGAAAUCAGUGUCCCUACAGUAUGUGACCCUCCCAAAUGAAGUCUGUCCCCAGGCUCCACGAAGACAAGAGCAGCCAGGAGCAGGUCCUCAGCAGCCUUUCCUGCUCCCAGAUCAGAAGGAAACAAUGCAGCACCUCAAUGAUGAGAAAGAAGUCUCACCACUCCCCCCAGCCGGUGGGCAAGGCACGAAUGUGAAACCAGAAGAGCAGAAAUCUCCAAAGGCUCUUGGCUGUGCCCCGUCCCUUCAGCAGUGCCCCUCAGAGUAUAUUGCCACAGACAGCCUGUUACUGCCAUCAGCCAGUGACUCCACACAUCCGCCACUUGCCACUGCUGGGGAGUUGCCUUGUGACCCACAGGAGCCCCAGCUCCCCAGUGACCGCUCUUGCCAUGAGUUUGCUCCUGGGAAAUCUGGUGUCACGGUCCCAGUUUCAGGUCAAGCCCCAGUCUUUUUUCCUGAAUCUCACCUGAAUGCAUUUGGGGACUACCUUGUUGUCCCUUCAGGUCUCCAUGGACCUUCAGAACCCACAAAGAUUUCUUUGCCUGUCCUACAGAAAGGAAGCACUCUUCCUAAUGAGCUGCCUUUGUCGGAGGGUAAUUUGGUGGUGUUAAACCCUGACAGCACUGAGCCAGUUUUCCUUUGCCAGGUUGGUGACUAUUGCUUCCACAGCCUGAAGUCCAGUGAGAAAGUGCAUAUGAGCCAGGAAGACCCCCAAGUCAAGAAACCUAAUGAAGCCAGGACAGCACCCGGGAAACCUCUAUCUGAUGAUGAAUCGAACACUGGCAAGAAAGAAGAUGUGUCAAAAAUGCAGGCUAUUCAGCUUUUCAAAAGCCUGAAAUCAGAUGAUUACUUUUCCUGGCAACAAUCUCUGAGGAUCAGAGAAAUCUGUUAA